AUGGUUGAAAUUUCAGAUGAUAAACUUGAGGAGAUUUCAGAUUCUGAAUGUGAUUCCGAUUCUAACACCUCAAACCCAAUUAUUGCCUCCUCAAACUUUAAUUUUAAUCCAAAUUCUAACUUCGUAAUUUCUGGUAAACCAAUUUCAGAGGGAGAUGUACAACAGUAUGGUUAUAAGUACGUUUGGGAAUACCUACAAUAUCACCCUGAUAAAGCCAAGCAGUUCUCAGUGAUUGUGGACCACAUCAGUAGGAAAAAGAAACUUGAGGAGAUUUUCCCAGAACAGUUUAUUACUCAGAAAAUAUCUCAACUUGAUACUACUCAACUUAGUAUAGAAUCGUUUUCAAACUACGUCAUGCAAUUUUGUUACCCUCCCUCACCGAUACUGCAACUAUUCCAUGAUCAAUUCAUAUCAGCUCCAGUGAACAAUAGCACCGUAAGAUUAGCAAUAUUCUAUGUAUACAAUCAUCUAGUACAGACGUUCACAAAUGAGAAUAUUUGGCGUUAUAACAUCUCAUUUCACUUCACAGGGUUAGAUAUAUUCUGUAUCCCUUGUAUUAUACAUACCAACAAAAUCAACUGCAAUAAUAUAAUACAUAUAUGUAACUGUAUCAAUAUUUGGAGACAAAGGGGUAUCUACAGCAAGGAGGUGUGUGACAAAUUAGAGAACAUCACAACCAAUUCAUCGAUUAUUAAGAGCGAUUUAACGAUCCAGAGCACCGAUUUUAAUGUGAACGAUGAAUUGGGGUACCUUAAUGUUUUAUAUAAUAUAUUUAAAAUGCCCUUGGUAGAUAAGGUAUACAAUAGCGUCACAUCCAAAUGUGAUGUAAAUAGUAUAAUUAAUGGCGAAAAUAACGAAUAUUUGCAAGAAAUGAUAAACGAUGGAGUUGAAGAAGAUUUUACGGAGGCUGGAAGACUAUCAGGGCAAGAGUUAAUAAUUCUGAACAGUGCCUGUCUGGACUUGGGAGGAAUGAUAAAGGAAAAUGACGAAAAUUUUAAAAUACUCAGGAAGGAAAUUAGUAAACUCGACGCCUUACUAAAUCGGAAGUAA